AUGCCGAAGAGAAAGAGAGCCGAAGAUAGCCUAGACGAGAGGCUCCCUCAAUUCAAGACGGACUUGUUCCGUGCUCUCAAGAGGGUCAAGGGCUUUGAACGACAAAGGCUGAGUCGACGGCUUCACGAGAAGGGCCUACCGGAAGAAAAGAAGCAGAAGUAUGAUUUGGAGGUAGCUGUAUUAAAGUCGCUGGACCUCCAUCAAACCGCGUUCCACUACCUCUACACCUCUUUACUCAGAAUUAAGUCGAUUGCUAGUCACCCAGAGCUACCCGAAGAAGUGCGACAAGAAUUUCCGAAGCCCGAGCUAGACGAGAAGGAGAAGGCGGCACUUCACCAUGUCACGAGCUGUCUGUUUAACCGCCUCGAGGUGAGGCAGGUCAUGGACAGGAUCAUUAACCAGACAUGCGAAGCUUUGGAUAUACCACCGCCAGAGAAGAAGAAACCCAGAAAGAAAGGCGCCAAGGACAGACCCGAGGGCGAAGACGAAGAGGGAAGCAAGAGACCACCAUCUCCGAGUGAUGGCCACGAUGAGGACGACAGCGAUGACAAUGUCGACGGCGAAGCAGACGGAAAUAAGGCUCGCAAACCUAAGUCGGCCAAGUCAAGUUUAGGGGCGGAAAAGGACGGCAAGCAGGAAAAGAAGAAGAAGAAAGGGGAUCAAAAGAAAGCACAGGCCGAUAAGAAGAGGCUACUUGACGAUAUCAGCAUCUCGGGCGGCGAUGAAGACGCAGAGGAUGAGGUGGCCGAAGAGCGGUCAUUCUCCAAAUACGACAGGUUGCUUGGUGGCUCUUCCGAUUCUGAAGCAGGUAGCGAAUCCGACUCCGAUUCUGACGGCGGCGUAGUCAUACCAAAGGGCAAAACGAGGAGCAUCCGCGUCCGGGAUAUGUCCAUCUCCCUGUCCCCGGAGUCAAGCGAGGCCUCAGAUGCGGAUGAUGAACCCGAUGAGGACGUAGAGUCCGAAUCUGAAUUUGGCGGCUUCUCGGAUUCAGAAGCUGAAUCUCUCCCUCCCAAGCCAAGCAAGCCUGUCAAGCCUGCCAAAUCAGAGAAACCAGAGAAACCUUCGGCCCCGCCCAAGGAAACCAAAGCCAAGACGGCAAAAUCCGUCAUAGGGCGUCCCACGGACUCCACGUUCCUCCCAUCCCUCAUGGGAGGCUACAUUUCGGGCUCGGAAUCUGCGUCCGACGUGGACGUGGCCCCGCGCAAAACAGGCUUGGAGCCCGUCAGGCCACAGGGCAAGGGCAAGGGCAAGAGGGACGACGGGUGGGACCUGAGGAGGGGCGCGGUGGGCGAAGAGGACGGCGGUCACCGGAAGCCGUGGAAGAAGGGUAUCGACAACCCCCUCGCAGCUAUGAAUAGGGAGGCGGGGCAUCAGACGCAGCGGCCGAGCCCAGACGGAAACCCGUGA